CGCCACUUACCUACAGGCCCUUCUCCGGCCGCGGCCCGGCGCUUUCCGAGUCGCCCCUACGGACUGGACUUGCGCAGUGCCCGGGCACCGGGCGCCCAACAGACACUGGCCAUGACGAGCGGCGCCACCAGGUACCGGCUGAGCUGCUCGCUCCGGGGCCACGAGCUGGACGUACGGGGCCUGGUGUGCUGCCCCUUUCCGCCGGGGGCCUUUGUGUCCGUGUCCCGAGACCGCACCACCCGCCUCUGGGCCCCAGACAGUCCAAACAGGGGCUUUACAGAAAUGCACUGUAUGAGUGGCCAUUCCAAUUUUGUAUCUUGUGUAUGCAUCAUACCCUCAAGUGACAUCUACCCUCAUGGCCUAAUUGCCACUGGUGGAAAUGACCACAAUAUAUGCAUUUUCUCACUGGACAGUCCAAUGCCACUUUAUAUUCUAAAAGGCCACAAAAAUACUGUUUGUAGUCUAUCAUCUGGAAAAUUUGGGACAUUACUUAGUGGUUCAUGGGACACCACUGCUAAAGUCUGGCUGAAUGACAAGUGCAUGAUGACCUUGCAGGGUCAUACAGCUGCAGUGUGGGCAGUAAAGAUCUUACCUGAACAGGGCUUAAUGUUGACUGGAUCAGCAGACAAGACUAUUAAACUGUGGAAGGCUGGAAGAUGUGAGAGGACUUUUGCAGGGCAUGAAGACUGUGUAAGAGGUUUGGCAAUUUUGAGUGAAACAGAAUUUCUUUCCUGUGCAAAUGAUGCUAGUAUUAGAAGGUGGCAGAUCACUGGCGAGUGUCUUGAAGUAUAUUAUGGACAUACAAAUUAUAUUUAUAGCAUAUCCGUUUUUCCAAAUUGUAGAGACUUUGUGACAACAGCAGAGGACAGAUCUCUAAGAAUCUGGAAACAUGGGGAAUGUGCUCAAACCAUCCGACUUCCAGCUCAGUCUAUAUGGUGCUGCUGUGUGCUCGACAAUGGUGACAUUGUGGUUGGUGCGAGUGAUGGCAUUAUUAGAGUGUUUACAGAAUCAGAAGAUCGAACAGCAAGUGCUGAAGAAAUCAAGGCUUUUGAAAAAGAGCUGUCUCAUGCAACCAUUGAUUCUAAAACUGGCGAUUUAGGGGACAUCAAUGCUGAGCAGCUUCCUGGGAGGGAACAUCUUAAUGAACCUGGUACUAGAGAAGGACAGACUCGUCUAAUCAGAGAUGGGGAGAAAGUCGAAGCCUAUCAGUGGAGUGUUAGUGAAGGGAGGUGGAUAAAAAUUGGUGAUGUUGUUGGCUCAUCUGGUGCUAAUCAGCAAACAUCUGGAAAAGUUUUAUAUGAAGGGAAAGAAUUUGAUUAUGUUUUCUCAAUUGAUGUCAAUGAAGGUGGACCAUCAUAUAAAUUGCCAUAUAAUACCAGUGAUGAUCCCUGGUUAACUGCAUACAACUUCUUACAGAAGAAUGAUUUGAAUCCUAUGUUUCUGGAUCAAGUGGCUAAAUUUAUUAUUGAUAACACAAAAGGUCAAAUGUUGGGACUUGGGAAUCCCAGCUUUUCAGAUCCAUUUACAGGUGGUGGUCGGUAUGUUCCGGGCUCUUCAGGAUCUUCUAACACACUACCCACAGCAGAUCCUUUUACAGGUGCUGGUCGUUAUGUACCAGGUUCUACAAGUAUGGGAACUACCAUGGCCGGAGUUGAUCCAUUUACAGGGAAUAGUGCCUACCGAUCAGCUGCAUCUAAAACAAUGAAUAUUUAUUUCCCUAAAAAAGAGGCUGUCACAUUUGACCAAGCAAACCCUACACAAAUAUUAGGUAAACUGAAGGAACUUAAUGGAACUGCACCUGAAGAGAAGAAGUUAACUGAGGAUGACUUGAUACUACUUGAGAAGAUACUGUCUCUAAUAUGUAACAGUUCUUCAGAAAAACCCACAGUCCAGCAACUUCAGAUUUUGUGGAAAGCUAUUAACUGGCCUGAAGAUAUUGUCUUUCCUGCACUUGACAUUCUUCGGUUGUCAAUUAAACACCCCAGUGUGAAUGAGAACUUCUGCAAUGAAAAGGAAGGGACUCAGUUCAGCAGUCAUCUUAUCAAUCUUCUGAACCCUAAAGGAAAGCCAGCAAACCAGCUGCUUGCUCUCAGGACUUUUUGCAAUUGUUUUAUUGGCCAGGCAGGACAAAAACUCAUGAUGUCCCAGAGGGAAUCACUGAUGUCCCAUGCAAUAGAACUGAAAUCAGGGAGCAAUAAGAACAUUCACAUUGCUCUGGCUACAUUGGCCCUGAACUAUUCUGUUUGUUUUCAUAAAGACCAUAACAUUGAAGGGAAAGCUCAAUGUUUGUCACUAAUUAGCACAAUCUUGGAAGUAGUACAAGACUUAGAAGCCACUUUUAGACUUCUUGUGGCUCUUGGAACACUUAUCAGUGAUGAUUCAAAUGCUGUACAAUUAGCCAAGUCUUUAGGUGUUGAUUCUCAAAUAAAAAAGUAUUCCUCAGUAUCAGAACCAGCUAAAGUAAGUGAAUGCUGUAGAUUUAUCCUAAAUUUGCUGUAGCAGUGGGGAAGGGGGAUGGAUAUUUUUAAUUGAUUAGUGUUUUUUUCCUCACAUUUGACAUGACUGAUAACAGAUGAUUAAAAAAGAAAAUACUGUGGAUUAAGUAAAAUUUUACAUCUUGUAAAGUGGUGGGGAGGGGAAACAAAGAAAUAAAAUUUUUGCACUGCUGAACUGUGAGAUUUUCCUGUGUAAUUUGGGUAGGUUUUCAAGAGUAUGAAAACAAAUUUAAAAAGAGCUAUAAUCAGCAACAACACAAUGACAA